AUGGACAGGCUCCUUGGUGAUAUCGCCUUUCCCCCUUCUCUUGGGCCGUAUCCAGUAGUGUUGGCCAUGAUUCUGAUUUGGGCUUUGGGUAGCGGGAGAGCUCGGCAGCUGGCGCUUCCUGGGUUCGCCGACGAGGAUGUACUGGUGGAGCUUCAGGGAGACCAAAUGCUGCAGGUGAGGUUGGAGAGCGGCAAUUUCAUGAGCAGGUUCAGGGUCCCUGAGGAUGCAGACCUCCAACAUUUGAAGGCCUCCGUGAACCACGGGGUUCUGCUCGUCACCGUUCCCAAACGUCAAUCCGCUCUCCCUAACGUCAGGGUUCUUGAAAUUGAAGGCGGUGACUGA